AUGUAUUUUAUUAUCUACCUUCUUUUCCAUUAAAUACAUAGCUAAUGCUUUUAGAAGUAUAAGGACUAGACAAUCUAUUUAUCUCCUGGAGAAAUUUUAAAAUUAGAUUUGUAAAAUUACAUAUAUGGUAAACAACUUCAAUAUUCAUCAUCAAAUAAAUGUAUAGAGAAUAAAUUUAAUUUUAAAAACAUAACUUUAUCCAAGGAAUACGAAUCAGAUUAUUCAGAAUAUAGUUUAUGUUAUGAUCCUAAGAGUGGAAUUUGUAAUAAAAAAGAAAUUUAUUAUUAUUUUUAUAGAGUUUGGACAAACUGUGUAAAUGUAUGUUGUUAAAAAAUAAGUGACAAUAAUGUUUUACAAUUUCACUGAUAAUAUUUCAAAGCUCAUUUAUCAAACUAAAUUUUCAAUAGAACAAGUAAAGCUUAAUUAACUUAUGUGAUAGAACUUCUAUUGUUAAAAUGUUUUAUGUAUGAGAUUAAAUCUGAGCUUAAUUGAAUGCUAACAUAAUUUCAAAUAGCAAUCAGCUAUAUAUUUGAUUAAUGCAACUUCAGAGUAGACCUAAAUCUAUUUUUUAUAAAAUGAUGAAUUGGGUCCUAUUUAGUAAAUGAUAUCAUAAUUUAUAGAGCAGGACUGAUUAAUUCAAAUAACGAAGAACUUGUUAGUUUUUAUAAAAUGAUCAAUCUAUAUUAUAAUAAUAGUCGAAUAGACAUGUAUUCUAUAAAUAUAACAUCUAAAGAAUUUACUAAAUCUACCAUGAUAGACAAAUUACUAUAUAAACUAGAAUCAUUGAAUAUUUAUGCUUUUUUGAUUUAUAAUUCAGCUAUUUAUUUUUUAUCUAAAGAACUUGGAUUAUGUUAUGUAAAAAGUCAAAACAAUUAAUAUUGUUGGAAAAUGGCAAAUGUCUUUGAUGUUUUUAGUGUUUACAUAGAAUAAAAUGGAUAUCAUAGUAUACUUCUAGGAUCCACUUUUACAUCAGAUAUCUUUAAAGCUUAUUUAUUUGAUGACGAAACUUAUAAAAUUAUUCAAAUGUAUAAAUUGUAAAAAAAUAUGACAUUUUAAUAAAUAUUCCAUAAUGAUAAAUAUAGUUUUAUUAUUGGACAUAAAAACAAUAAUACAAAGAAGUACUUGAUAGAAAUUUAUUCUUAAAUGGAUGAUACAACUUCUAACUUAUAUUAAACAAUAGAAAUUAAUUCACAUAAGGAAUUAUUUUAUUUUGAUAGUUUAAAUAGUAUAAAAUAAAUAUUAUUAAUUUAGAUAAUGCAUAUGUAAUAAACAAUCAUUCAAUAUCAAUUAUAACUCCUCGAGUUUCAUAUUUAACUAUUGAUGAUGAUUUAUGUUUUUAAGAAAUUGUUGAAAUCACAGCUGCAUUUCCAUCAUAUGAAUUAGAAUCGUUUUGUAAUUUUACUUUUUAUGUAAUGAAAUUGGAGGAAGGAAGUUAAGAUGUUUAUGACAAAUAAUAGUUAGAAUACUCUGUUGUUGUUUUAAAUAAAAGUAUUAAUAACUUAUACUUGAAUAAUUUUGUGAUCGGACCCAAUGUAGAUUAUUAUUUAUAUAAUUAAUCUGAUGAGAAUUCAAAUGAGAAUGAUUUUGAGAGAAUUAAAUUUAAAGAACAAUACAAAAUCUUCUAUGCAUAAACUAUGGAUAUUACUUAAAUUAUUUUCACUCGUGCCUUUCAAAUUGCACUAGAAAAUCAAUAUAUAUAAUUAAUCUAAUGGAAAGAUUUCCUUCUUUAAAUAUUUUAUUGCAUCAUUAAUGAAGGUGCAAGAGAGAUUAAUUGUAAUUUCAAACAAAGCAUUACACUUUCCCUUCAAAUAUUAUAAGUUAUUACAGGCCUUUCAUGUUAAACUGAAUGUUUUGUAAUUAGACAUGAAAAAAGAGCAGAUCUUUAUAUUGAAUAUAAUAAUAAGUUUAUAACUUCGAAUUGUUAUAUUACUUCCUUAAAUAAUAUAGAAACUAUUAAAUUACAUCUUCAAAAAUAUUUAGUUGAAUUAGAGAAUAAUAAAAUUCAGGUAUAAAUAUUUUUUAUUUAGAUUUUUUUACCUAAUUAUAAAUAAACUAUGACUUGUGUUCUAGAAAAGGUUUUCGAGAUUAAUUCUCUUGAAUUAGAAUAACUUAUUAAUGCUAAAAAGUCUAUCAAUAUUUUUAAUGUUAAAACUAAUAUCAAUAUUUACAAUCUCUAUAUUUCUACAAAUUAAGGAUUAAUUAUUAUUGAUCCAGAUUUAAUGCGAUUUCAAUAAACCUAAUUAAUUGCAUUCGUCUAAUUUAAUUAAUAAUUUGACACAGUAUUAUAAGUGAUUAGAAAUCGAAUAAUAACACUUUAAUACACUAAGAUUAUUAUCAUUAAUCUUGUUUAAUAAAACUUUUAUUAUAAUGAAAAAGUGCUGCCUUUUUAUGAUUUUACUAUCACAAAUACAGGAAAUUCAUAAGUAGCAUUUUCUUAAAACUAUUUCUAUUUGCAAGGAAAAGAUUCAAAUUAUACUGAUGUUAUUAUCAUUUACAAAGUGGAUGAACCUUAAAUUUCAACUUUUCAUACAUACUUUUCCAAAAUAAAUAAUCUAGAUUUUAGUAUUAUUCAAAAAUAAGAUGAUGAAGUAUUUUUGGUUCAAUUGUUUGAAGCUUAAAAACUAUACAGUUCUGUAAAUUUGUAAUUCAGGUCUUCUUAAUCAAAAGUAAUUAAAGUGCUUUUCUAAGGAUUUACAAGUUAUGCAAAAUUAAUGGAUGUUAAUGUAACUGUGAAAACAGCAGAAAAACAAUAUAAUCUUUCAUUGUUAAUCACUGAGACUUAAAAAAUAAAUUAUAGUAAUUAAAGUCAGGAAUACAUUAAAUUAGAUAGAUUUAAUGAUUACAUUAUGGGAAGUGUAAGUGAAUGGUCGAUUAAAUGUUUUUAAUGCAAUAAAGAAUUGGAACUUAUAAAUAAUAUUAAUUAUGACUAAUAUUUAACAUCCAUUCCAAAUACUACUUAAAUAAAACACACCAAUGAUUAUGUACUAAUAUAAUAAGAACAGAGUAUUAUAGCAAUUGAUAAUUUUGGAUUAGUCAAAUAUUUUAUUCCUUUGCCUUUAACAGAAUAGUCUACAAAAUGUACAUCAAUAACUGCUAAUACAUGGGAGACGAAAACAAAAAUAGUGGUUUCAGUUUGUAAUGCUACUUCUUCAGCUUAAUUUUAUAUAACUUCAUUUUUAAGUUCAUUUCCUGUUUCUAUGGGUCCGUUUUAUUCUCCAAUAUUAAUAAAUCAAAUUACUCACAUCAGAAUGUUACACGAAAUUUUAUUUAUUUUAGAUGUUGUAACUGAGUAUGUUUAUUUGUUCAAUUUAACACUUGAUGAAAAUUAGAGUGAUGUUUUAAAAGUGAUUAAUUCUUUAAAUGCUAGGGAAUUCACUGCUGAUACAGGACAAGUUUUUGUUAGUUUUGAUGUAGCUUAUAAUAAUGGAACUUAUCUUUUAUUUUUGUUAACAAAUUCUUCAUGUAGAUUAUAUUUUUUAUAGUAGAAUUUAUUAUUUAUACAUAUCCUUAGGAUGAUGCUUAUUCAGCAGAUUUAAUAUCAUUUUUUUAUGGAUUAGGAUUUGUAGACAUACCCUCUAACAUAAUUCCAUAAGCAUUAAUAGUAGCUGAAGCAGGAUAAUAGAAUUAAAUUCAAUAUUACAGGAUUAUUGUGGCUAAUUAAAAUUUUCACCAUUAUGAAUUAGAAAUUAAAAUUAAAAAUACAGAAAAAGAUACACUCGUUACUUUAGAAUUUAUAAGAGCUUAUAUGUAAUAUGGAUAUUUCUAUGGAAAUGGAAAAAUUCGAGUCUCUGAAGAAUCUUAAGGAUUCUUUGGUUUAAUUUAUUAAAAUCCUUUAGAUGAUAAAUAAAAGAUAUUGGUUGUUUAUGAUAGGUUUAGUAACAGCACAGAUAAGUUGAUUAAGAUUCUAGGAGGAUAUAAAAUUCAAUCAACAAAUUAAAUGUAAUUUGCUUAGUAAUAUUUUAGUCUAUUUGAUUUUUUGCAUUUUAAAAGGAAAAACGAUGAGUUUUCAUAUAGAAUCAUUUUAUAAGAUGGAUCUUGUAUAAGUUCUUUGAUUUUAUCGAGAUAUUUGGCAAUUAAAGUAAAAGAUAAGGAAUUUUAAACCUAAAAUAUAACAUUCAAUGCUUCAAAUGAUUUUGGAAAAUGGGUAAGUUUUCAAGCCAAUAUAUAUAAUAUAUCAGGAUAGGUAAUAAUGGUUAAAUGAUUAAUUUAGGCAAACUUAUUAUUCGUAAUGAUAUCUUUGGGAUUUGUUGUAUUUAUAGUAAUAAUUACAUCAUGGCUUUAUAUUAAGAAUAAAUUGGAUAAGUUAGAAGUGAAGGAAUUUUUUGAGGUGAUAGAAGAAGAAGAAGAAAAAAAUGAAAUAAUAAGAGAAUGA